AUGGCGUCCUCAACGACGACGACGCGCUCGACGUCCUUCGUGGGAAGUCGUCGCGGGAAGAGGGAAAGUGCGACGGCGCGAGGGAUGCGCGGGCGCGCGCGGGCGUCGCGCGGCGACGAGAGCGAACGCGUGCCCGAUGGUACAGCGUCCGCGGCGACGGAUGCGGACAGACGUCUCUUCGCGGGGCUGGCGAGUCGCCGACGCGCGAUCGGACAUAUUAAGCGGCAGCGAAGUCGCGUGUCGGUGGGUGAUUACGUAUCGGACGAGUGCACGGUGCUGCGCGGCGAGCGAUUCGCGGUGGAGCGCAAGCUACACGACGUGAAGCGGGACCUGAGCGCGCGGCUGGCGCUGGAGCGCUACGACGAGGCAAAGGAGAUUCAAGCGCUCGUGAUCGAGCUCGAGAGUGAGCGCGAUCGAAUAACGCGCGAGAUUGAACGCGAGCAAACGACUUUACUUCGUCACCUCGACGAGCUUUACUGA